CAGAAAACCCUGUGGGCGGGGCUCCGGCUGGUCACGUGAGCCAAGCGAGGGAAGAGGGGAGCCGGGCAAGAUGGCGAAGGUCUCGGACAUGUACGAUGUGACUUGGGAAGAGAUGCGAGAUAAAAUGAGGAAAUGGAGGGAAGAGAACUAUCGGAACAGUGAGCAGAUAGUGGACGUUGGAGAAGAAUUAAUUAAUGAAUAUGCAGCUAAGCUUGGCGAUGACAUCUGGAUAGUAUAUGAACAGGUGAUGAUUGCUGCGUUGGACUGCAGUCGGGAUGACUUGGCACUGUUUUGUCUUCAAGAACUAAGACGGCAGUUCCCUGGGAGUCAUAGAGUUAAGCGGUUAACUGGCAUGAGAUUUGAAGCCAUGGAGAGGUAUGAUGAUGCAAUUCAGCUAUAUGACAGGAUUUUACAAGAAGAUUCAACUAAUACUGCAGCAAGAAAGCGUAAGAUUGCCAUUCGAAAAGCCCAGGGGAAAAAUGCAGAAGCCAUCCGAGAGUUGAAUGAGUAUCUGGAACAAUUUGUUGGUGACCAAGAAGCCUGGCAUGAACUUGCAGAACUUUACAUCAAUGAACACGAUUAUGCAAAGGCAGCCUUUUGCUUGGAGGAGCUCAUGAUGACUAACCCCCACAACCACUUAUACUGCCAGCAAUUUGCGGAGGUUAAAUAUACCCAAGGAGGGCUUGAAAACCUUGAGCUUUCAAGAAAAUAUUUUGCACAGGCGUUGAAACUGAAUAACAGAAACAUGAGAGCAUUAUUUGGACUUUAUAUGUCUGCCAGCCAUAUUGCUUCUAAUUCCAAGGCAAGUGCAAAAAUGAAAAAAGAUAAUAUGAAGUACGCUAGUUGGGCAGCAAACCAAAUAAAUAGAGCGUAUCAGUAUGCUGGUCGCAGUAAGAAGGAGACCAAGUACUCUCUCAAAGCAGUAGAAGACAUGUUGGAAGCCCUGCAGAUCGCCCAAUCAUAAACCACAGCAAAGCUGCGCAGUGACAGAUUUUUUUCUAUCUUCACAUCCAUACCCCAGUUAUCUAAGACUUAUGCUAAUUUUAAAUUCCUAGUUGCGUUAACAAUGGUUUCAUGUUAGUGAAAGUGACUAUCUUAAAUAAUGUUUUAUAAAGAUAUAAAAUUCCUAUUUAUUGCUGCUAUGAUGGAAAGCCACUGAAAUGAAUAAAAAGAAUAAAUUUAUUGAA